GUUAAUUGUGAGUGCAUCGACGAGGAUUUUUGAGUGAUGUCACUCAAACAAAUCGUUGGGCACAAACUGCUCAACGAUGUAAUCCGUCCACUGAAGAAGGGAGACGGGCGUAGCGCGUGGAAUGUUCUCAUCGUUGACACCCUAGCCAUGCGGAUGUUGUCAUCCUGCUGCAAAAUGCACAAUAUUAUGGAAGAAGGAAUUACAAUUGUGGAAGAUCUAAACAAAAGGAGAGAGCCCCUUCCAACACUUGAAGCCAUUUAUCUGAUUGCUCCAACUGCUGAAUCGAUAGACAAGCUGAUUCAAGAUUAUUGCGCCAGAAAUUUGUACAAAUGCGCUCAUGUCUUUUUCACCGAAGCGUGUUCGGAUCAGCUCUUCUCAACAUUAUCCAAAAGUGCAGCUGCUCGUUUCAUCAAAACUCUGAAGGAGAUUAACAUAGCUUUCACUCCAUACGAAAGCCAGGUUUUCAAUUUGGACUCUCCUGAUACAUUUUUCUUAUACUACAACGCCCAAAAACAAGGUGGUCUGACAUCGAACCUUGAGAGAAUUGCUGAACAAAUCGCAACGGUGUGCGCAACACUUGGAGAAUAUCCAUCAUUGAGGUACCGUGCUGACUUUGAGAGAAAUGUUGAGCUCGGCCACCUUGUUGAGCAAAAACUCGACGCUUACAAGGCUGACGAUCCAUCUAUGGGUGAGGGAGCCGACAAGGCACGCAGUCAGUUGAUCAUCAUCGACAGAGGUUACGAUGCCAUCACUCCACUUCUCCAUGAACUUACUCUUCAAGCAAUGUGCUACGACCUUUUGGGCAUUGAGAAUGACGUUUACAAGUACGAAACGGGAGGAAGCGAUGAAAACUUGGAGAAAGAGGUUCUGCUCGAUGAGAAUGAUGAUUUAUGGGUUGAAAUGAGGCACAAACAUAUUGCCGUUGUUUCACAAGAAGUCACAAAGAACUUGAAAAAGUUCAGUGAGAGCAAGGGCAACAAGGGAACGAUGGACUCCAAAUCGAUCAAGGAUCUAUCGAUGCUCAUCAAAAGAAUGCCACAGCACAAGAAAGAGUUGAACAAGUUUAGCACUCACAUCAGUCUUGCUGAGGAAUGCAUGAAACAGUAUCAACAAGGAGUUGACAAGUUGUGUAAGGUUGAACAAGAUUUGAGUACCGGAAUCGACGCAGAAGGAGAACGAGUCAGAGAUGCAAUGAAGUUGAUGGUGCCACUUUUGAUUGACCCAGCCGUGCGGUGUGAAGACCGCCUCAGAUUGAUUCUGUUGUACAUUCUUUCCAAGAAUGGAAUUACUGAUGAAAACUUGAAUAAACUUUUACAACACGCUAAUAUCUCCAUGGCUGAUAAGGAAACAAUCACCAACGCUGCUUACUUGGGAUUGAAUAUUGUUACCGAUACCGGCCGCAAGAAGACGUGGACCCCAACCAAAAAGGAAAGACCACACGAGCAAGUUUACCAAUCUUCCCGCUGGGUUCCAGUUAUCAAGGAUAUUAUUGAAGAUGCUAUUGACGAGCGUUUGGACACAAAACAUUUCCCAUUCCUUGCUGGACGACAAGUUAACCAAGGAUACAGAGCCCCUGCAUCUGCUAGAUAUGGUCAGUGGCACAAGGAACGAGGACAACAAUCCAACUAUCGCAGUGGACCACGACUGAUUAUCUACAUUAUUGGAGGUGUCACCUUCUCCGAAAUGCGAGCUUGUUAUGAAGUGACCGCUGCCCGAAAACCGUGGGAAGUCGUCAUUGGGUCCGACAGAAUCAUCACUCCGGAUAAGUUCCUGACCAACUUGCGUGACCUGAACAAACCGCGUGACAUAUGACAGAGUGCGGGGUACCGAAAAGAAUCGACAAUUGACGAAACAACAAGAUACGGCCCUAUUUGAGAUUUCCCUCCCAUUUUCCAAACACUGACCAUUAUUUCAUUACAGUAAAUUUUUCUCAUAGAUUGUUUUCGUGCCCCACACACGUUUGGGAAUUUUCUUAUUCUCCCACCAGUAAUUUAUUCUUUGUCAUCAUUUAGCUUGUUGCCUCUAAGUCAUUUUUCUAAGCCUUCAACAAUAGCUAGUGCGCUCAAUUAACCUUCAUUAUUUAUUGAUAUUACCUCACAAAACUUCUGAAAAACAGUCUAUCAAACCCGAAACAAUUUCAGUUAAUUUCUCUUCCCAUGGCCAAAAAUAAUGUAACUGUAUAUGUAUAGUUUUUAAUAAGUUUCUUCGUCCAGUUACAUGUAUUACCCUUCACUGACCAUUUAAAUAAUUUGAUUUUUAUGCUUUAAGACUAUUUGAAUAAUGUGCUCGGCUAGAUAUAGUAUUUAUUUUUAUCUAAUGAUUGUAUCCCCCGGUUUGAAAAAAAUUUAGUCAUAGGCUAGUGUUUCUGUGUUGCUACGACUUUUAUUGUUUUUUAUCUUGCUUUUAAUCUGAAAAUGAGGAUUCCUCGUUGCAAUAAUUCCAAAAACCAAGGAUUGUGAUUUGACGUUGUGUUUUUGUCUAGUCAAAAGAGUUGUGCAUUUCAAAAACAUUCCUCGAUUUUCCUGGUACAUUUUCCUUUCGUUUCUCGCCAUUUGUUCCAACCAUUUUUUGAAUAGAAUUUGCACUCGCAUAAUAAAGAUCAACUCGACGGAA